AUGGAAUUAAAUGAAGAAGUUGAAGAAAAAGAGGAAAUUCUUGAGGCCCCAAAAUUCACAGUUUUAGACAUAGAAAACUUAAACUUAACCUCCCUGACCCACCCCAACAUCGAGAAAAACACAGAUUUUUUAUUUUUAAAAACCCAACUACAAAGAUAUUAUGGAGAUAGAAAAUUGCCUUACAAUAAACAAAUGAUGCACAAAAACCAUUCCCCGUCUUGAAAAGAGCGGCUUUAUCACUCUCUUUAUAAUUUGCUUAAUGAAAUGGUUUUUACAAGGGAUCCUAUACUUCAGCUAAAAUUAUUAGACGAUGUCAAAAAUUGGUAUCUAAAAAAAGUCAGAAAUUUUCUACCAGGAAUCAAAAAAAUAGGUAAAAAUGAGCUUGAUGCAGAAUCGACUGAGACUUCGUCGUUUACUGCGUAUAAUCGAAGCACGACGAAUCAGUCUUUUGAAACCCCAAGGCUUGAUUACAGUUUAUCUCCAGUUUCUGGGGCGAAAACUCCGGUUAUGCCGAAACCAAUUCACUGGCAGAGUAAAUGAAUUUAUAAGAAAAAACCGACAAUAAGGCUAAUUGGCUGAGAAAAACAGAAAUUUAUUCCUGAACCAGUUACAGUAGAAAGAUCAAAGCUUGCAGAUUUAGAAAUUGAUAAAGCCCGCACUGAAAAAGCAUUUGCUUUAAAGCAGAGCAGGUUUUACAAAAAUCCUGGUAAUGAAGACCCAGAAAGUGAUACAGAAAAAAAUGAAAUUCGGUCAAAAUCGACCAAACCAGCUGAGCACUAUGAUUUUCGUAUGAUUGGGAAUAUGAAUAGUGGCUCUGUCAGCCCAGGAAUAAGGCCAAGUAAUUUUGAGACGCAAAAUGCAAAUUCCAGCCCAAGUAUCAGAUCAAAGACUGAGCAUUUGUUUACACCUGAUAAGCUUGAUGAAUUGGCUAAACAAAGAAUUGAAGAAAUUAUGAUGACGAAAAUGAAAUUAGCUUCGAAAAAGGUGUCUUGCCAGUAUGAUUACUUACUUCCCCCUCUCGAUCAAGCAAAACCAUUCUAAAAUCUCUAUUUUUCGGGAAAAAGACAUAUGCAAAAUAUUUUUGCAAUAAAAAUUUGUAUAAAAAAUAUUUUGACAUACAAGUAAUAAUUAGCAUAAUGGAAUCUUUAAUUCUAUUGAUUUUAUACAGCUUGCAUUCUAAACAAUAAAUUUAACAAAUUAAAUUAUUUUUUAGUUUCCAAAUUUAGUAUAUAGUCAGUUGCUCUAAUUUCUGACCGGCACCCACGAGCCAAAGAUGGAUUUCACACGUGAAAAUCCAGAAAUUCCACGUGGAAACCCAUUUUUGGCUCAAAAGACAAUAAAAUUUUUUAAAAAAAUUCACCCUAGUGAGAAAGCAAAAUCUUUUUACUCGGAGGGGAGUUAGAAAGUGGGCUAUUUUUGAAUGAUUUUGAUUUAUCUGCACAAAAUACUACACCUUUUUAUAUUCCAAAAGGAAAUGAACAUUUAUUGACAAAUACAGGGAUGAAAGAUGUGAUAAGUAAAAAGAAGAAAAAGAAAAAGAAAAAAAAGAAAUCCAAGGCAAACUAG